CCCCAGGGUAGUCUUGCCAAGUGUCGCAAUGUUUUGAAAGACAAGUGGGUGAGCCCGCAAGCUAAUUUGCGGUCAUAACCCCUAUUUUGAGCAUGAACAGCUCUCGAAUGAAGAGUUCACGUGUGGUCGUGCUUUUGAUGGUGGGUGUGAGUGCAGUGGUAAUGCUGUUGUAUCUUCACUUAGCAACAGAAGUCGCACACCUUCGAAAUACCAUACACUCUCAUUCUUCCUUGAGUUACCAGGAAGGUAUUCCAUCAUUAGGCAGCCGUGUGAUAGAUCCUGACAGCUUAGUGAUCAUAUAUAAUAGAGUUCCAAAGACUGGAUCCACUUCCUUCAUUGGGCUAGCUUAUGACCUUUGUUCCAAAAAUAAAUUUAAUGUAAUUCACAUGAAUACAACCCGGAACACUCCAACACUGUCUCUAACAGAUCAGAUGCGGUUUGUGUACAAUGUAUCCAACUGGGUGGAAAAAAAGCCGGGAAUUUAUCAUGGACAUCUUGCCUAUCUUGAUUUUAACAGGUUUGGUGUCAACCAGCAACCAAUCUAUAUUAAUAUAUUACGAAAGCCAUUGGAGCGUCUCGUGUCUUAUUAUUAUUUUGUCCGUUAUGGCGAUGAUCUUCGGCCUUAUCAUGUUCGAAGAAGAAUGGGAGAUAAAAUGACUUUGGAUGAGUGUGUAGCCAUCGAACAUCCGGACUGCUCUACAACUCAUCUGUGGGUGCAAGUUCCCUUCUUUUGUGGUCACCAUGCUGAGUGCUGGGUUCCAGGAUCUGGCUGGGCUCUUGAUCAAGCCAAGAAUAACCUACUUCACAGUUAUUUUCUGGUUGGGGUUACUGAGGAAAUUGCAGAUUUUGUAGCCAUGCUCGAAUACUCACUGCCACGAUUUUUCAGAGGUGCUUACGACCUCUAUCUCUCAGGUUCCAAGUCUCAUCUAAGAAAAACUGUUAAGAAAAUCCAACCUUCUGAAGAAACUAUAGCAAAACUUCAAAAUACUAAGGUUUGGAGGUUGGAAAAUGAAUUUUACAACUUCGCAUUAGAUCAUUUCCAUUUUUUACGGAAGAAGACACUAAUAGAGACUGAAGGUACUGGACGUUUGAUGGACAGAGGACAGAAGUUUGCGUAUGAGAAAAUUAAACCCAGAAAAAGCUAGGGUACAUUAUAAGGUAAAAUUUUACUAAUGAAGCAUUUAAGGUAAUUGUUUUCAGUCUUUUUCUUUGUAAUCAACCAAUAAUUACAUGCAAUACACUGAAGUGCCUAUAUCAUUAUUUAAUAACAGUUCAGACCUUUAUUUUUUCAUUAGCUACAGUGUGAGAAGCAAGUUCUUGUGUAUAGUACUGUAUAGUACUUUACAGCAGUCUUGCACUUAAUAUUGAGACAGUACAAUGAUGAUAUGCAUGUUGUCUCAAUAUUAAUUUUGUCUUUCCUCUUUCUUGAGCUAAGCUAUUCUCAGGAUUUUGAUAUUGUCUCAAUAAUAUUUUUUGUCUUUCCUCUUUCUUGAGCAAAGUUUUUCUCAGAGUUUUAUUAUAAUAUUUUGACAAGUAUUAUUUUUGUAUGUUUUCUAUUGAGUAUAAUAUAUUUUGGAGGUGCAGUAAAGAUUUAUUUUCUUCAUAUACUGCUUACUAUUUUUCAGGCAUGAUUCCAUAUAUAACCUUUAUUUCCACAUUCAGUUGCACCAAGUGCAAACAUAUAUGUAAAUAAAAUAGCACUGUAAUAAUUUCUGUUUAUUUAUUAAAUGUUUUAAAGUUGUUGAAGAAUUGCUGAUUGUCUCUUUGAUAGGAUAUCAGUAUAUAUGCAUUAUAUAUAUUGUUUGACUUCUUUGUAUCCACAGAUAAGAAUGUAAAACUGGUAUGAUAGUAUUAUGUAGGAUUUUGCACAGUUUCUGCACAGUUGAGAAUUAUAGUAUUAUAUAGUAUUUUGCACAGUUUGUAUAGUUGGGUAAUACUGGGACAUUUUUAUAUAUUGCACAUGAGUUAUUAGUAAAAUAUUUGUGAUGGUGUGCUUCAAUGCUAUGUAUCUUUAAGAAGGUCAGUUUGUGAGCAAGAAGUUAUCCAAUGCAAAUUUUAUAUUAUCUGUUUUAUAUUCCAAAUAUUCUUGGAAAGAAUUUCCCAGUUCCUUUGCUAUGCAUAUAAUACCUUUAAGUGUUUAUGCUUAUAUCAUGGUCUAUAACAGAAGUCACCAGCCUGCAAUCCUUGGGCUACAUGCAGACCUUUAACAGAUUUUGCAUGACUCAAAAUGUUUCAGAUUUAACUGAUCUGUAGACUGCACUACAAGGUUAAUUUUGAAUCAGGAUUUAUAUCCAAAGAUCAGGAUUGUCAGUAAUUAAGUUUGUAUUUAUAUUUAUUAGAAUACUGACUAUAUUAAAAUUGUGAUUAGUUUUCACUCUGCAUCACUUUGUUUUUGAAGUAUGAGACCUUUAGAAAUUAUUAUGACCCAGUUGAACAAAAGAAGGUUGGUGACCCCUAACCCUUUUAAUUUGACUAAUU